AUGAGCUCCAAGAAGUGUUUGACACUAAUUGGUUUCGCGUGGCUUUUAUCGUUUUUAAGCGCGUUGGUGGUAUACCUUAUUCCCCAAGAAUAUUUACCAAAAGUAUGGAUUUAUGGACCAAUCGUGGUCGUACUAAUUCCCUUGUGCAUAAUAGCAUUUUGCUAUUUUGGCAUUUACAGGGCAUCGAAAGCUACUUUCCCGGCUCGAGUGAACAUCAUCGAUGCUCAACAAGAAUCUGAAAACAAACGACAAAGAAAGACAGCCUUAACAUUUGGAAUGAUAACAGUAUUGUUCUUUGUUCUGUUUGCACCGGUUAUUAUU